AUGGGCCGAGAUAAGUCGCUGCCCGAACGUUCUACUCGUGGCAAGCGCCUUAAACAGGCAGUAGACGAAGAAGAAGAUCAGGCAGAUAAUGCGUUCUGGAACCAAGAAUUCUUCAAGGAGGAGGUUGUGGAUGACGACUAUAAAACAGAAUCUGAGCCGGAGGACGAAGUGGACACGGAUUUCGACGAUGAUGAGGACGAUGACGACGACGACGAGGUAGUGGUUAAGGACGACGAACCGCGGAAGAAAGCCCUGAAGCCCCCCGGGUACAAGCCCAAGCCCAAGCCGAAACCCAAGCCUAAGCCCAAGCCAAAAGCUGAGGAGGAGGAUGAGUACCUUGAGGAGGAGGGUGACGAGGAGGAUGAAGAGGAGGAGGAUGUGGAAGGCGGUGCCGCAAAGACACCCAAACAUCCCCGCGAACCGGUCGUUUAUGUCGCCCCUACUCUUCGGCGGUCAACCGUUGCAAAGGUUGCCGAGGCGCAAAGAGAGCGCCAAUACAAGGAAAAGUCGACACGGCGGAGAGGCCCUGGCAGCGGUAACAGCAACUGGCGUCCGCUGACGCAGCAGGAGAUGCUGGCGGAGGCUGCGUUGAACGAGAUUGAGAACACGAGGUCCUUGAAGGCGCUGCUUGCCCAGGAGGAGGAGACCAAGCGGAAGGCGCAAGUUGUCAAGAAAAAGAACACGGAUCCUAGUGUCAAGUUUAAGUCGCGGAAGGGACCAGACGGCAUGGAACGGACUACCCUGGAGCUACUUAAUACGCUGGUGCCACCCGUUUGGAUGCAACCUAGCUACGUGCCUGCUCUUCCGGAUAAGCCCGCCUGCGUCGUCACCGGUCUACCGGCACGUUACCGAGACCCUGCCACGCGCGCGCCCUUUGCGAACACACUGGCAUUCAAGCGCCUGCGCACUGGGGCGGGGCCGCUGCCGCCGGCUCUGCAGCAGGAACUCGUGCUACAUCAUCACAUGGAACAGUUUCAGCGGCAGCAGCAACAGCUGUCCGGUCGGGCACAGCACGCGUUGCUGGAUCAGUUACAGGCGCAGAAGCAACGUACGGAGAAGCUGGCAGAGGACGCUCGCGCUUUUGCGGCCAUGGCGAUUGCUAACCUGCACGCGCCCGAGCCACUGCCGCAAGGCCCCACCGUGGACGUCAUGGCACAGGUGGUGGAUGCACAUCGGUCCCUAAUGGCAACAGCGUCCUAG